AUGGCCCUUAUUGUCAAAAGUAAACUCUGUUUUGUUAAUGGUGUUUUGCCCAAACCUUUUGAGAGUGAUCCUAUGUAUCAUGCUUGGAUUUGGUGCAAUAUUGUUGUUCUUCCUUGGUUGCUUAAUGCUUUGUCUAAAGAAAUUGCAUCAUCUGUUCUUUACAUCGAUUCUGCAGAAGAGAUGUGGAACGACUUAAAGGAACGGUUUGCACAGAGCAAUCGACCUCGCAUUUUCCAGAUCCGGAAGGCUAUUGCUUGCUUCAAGCCGAUGCAUCUUCAGAUCUUGCUCUUGGAUUCUUUUCCUCCGAUUAACAAAGUGUUCUCGCUUAUCCUUCAAGAGGAAAAGCAGCAAGAAAUUUCUUCUGAUUCUUUAUCUUCUAAUGAGGUUGUUGCUAUGUUGACUAAUCACAAUUCUAGUCAGAUGAAGGGCUCUGUGGUUGGAUCCAGGAUUGGUAAGCCAUCGGCUCCUCGUAAAGUUCGCCCUUACUGUACUCAUUGUGGCCUCUCAGGUCAUACCAUUGACAAAUGCUAUAAGAUCCAUGGUUAUCCACGAGGAUAUAGAGCAAAGUCUUGA